UAUUUAUUUCAUUUGAUAUGUUCGAAUCAGAGAUAUAUUCUGAAGACUCCAAAGGUCUUGAUGUACUUGCUGUAUACUCUCUUUCAAGAGUAGACUGUGAAAAAGUUUUUGGUGCUUUAAAUUUUC